AUGACACCAGUUACUCGACAAGAAGUUCUUGGCCUUUACCGCAAGAUAUUCCGAAUAGCCAAAAAAUGGCAAUCAGCAUCAGGACAGAUAGAAGAAACUAUGAAAGAGAAAGAGUACAUAAAAAAUGAAGCCAAAACAUUAUUCAAAAAAAACAAAAAUGUAACAGACCCAAAGCUGAUUAAGCAAUGUAUAGAAGAAUGUGAGGCAAGAAUAGAAAUUGGACUUCACUAUAACAUCCCCUAUCCAAGGCCUAUCCAUCUGCCUCCUAUGGGUCUUGCCCAUAAACAAGGCCGCACAUUGCGACAGCAGGAAAAGUUAAGGAAGAUUUCUAAGCCAAUAUACCUGAAAUCCCAUGAUGAAGUUUCAUAACCCAUCUUUUAA